CUACUGGCAACAUAAGGGAAAUGUAUGCUGGCAUCAAGAAGGCUAUUGGGCCAGUAAAAAGAAAGAUUACCCCUCUCAAAUCAACCACGGGCGAAAUCAUAAAGGAUCGGACAAGGCAGCUGGACCGUUGGGUGGAGCACUACUCAGAGCUAUAUGCUACAAGCACCUUUGUAUGUGAAGAGGCCUUAAAUGCAAUGGAGUGUCUGCCAACCAUGGGUGAACUAGACACGGAACCCUCUGUCACAGAAAUCGGUGAGGCAAAAGCUGGGCUUCCUUCUGGGAAGGCCCCAGGAGAGGAUGGUAUCCCACCUGAGAUUCUAAAAUGCUCCAAGUAUGCUAUUCUUCCUGAGCUACACAAGAACCUCUGUCAGUGUUGGCAAGAAAAAUCGGUGCCACAGGAUAUGAGAGAUGCCAACAUUAUAACUCUCUAUAAAAAUAAAGGAGAUAGAAGCGACUGCAACAACUAUCGCGGUAUCUUUCUAUAG